ACCCACCCUGCCCCCCACCCCACCCUCCGCCGGCUCCGGCUCCGGCUCCGGCUGCGGCUCCUGCCUCAACUAUUAUUUUAUUUAUUUUGGGUCGUGCACAAGCCUCAGUGCCUGCAGCCCGCGCCUCCUCGGACCGCGGGCGCCUCCUCCCUCGGCCCCGGAGCCCCAGACCCCGGCCACCUUCGCCUCGACACCCCUAGAGCCCGCCAGCUGCCGCCAGUCUCCGCUGCUGGGAUCUUGUCCGCGGCUGUCUUUUUGGGGGGUUCUGGUUUCCCGACAUUUUUGUUUUCAGCCAAGGGAAGGAUAUCGUGGUUUUUUUGUUGUUGUUGUUGUUUUGUUUUUGGUUUUUUUUUUUUUUUUUUUCCCCACUGAGCCCAGGCUCUGCUCUCUGGGGGGGUGGGGGGCGCGCCGAGCCGGGGAGCCGUGCCAGCCGAGUCGUGCGGGCUGUGGCAGGGAAGGGGCCACCAUGGGAUGUACUCUGAGCGCAGAGGAGAGAGCCGCCCUCGAGCGGAGCAAGGCGAUUGAGAAAAACCUCAAAGAGGAUGGCAUCAGCGCCGCCAAAGACGUGAAAUUACUCCUGCUGGGGGCUGGAGAAUCAGGAAAAAGCACCAUUGUGAAGCAGAUGAAGAUCAUUCACGAAGAUGGCUUCUCUGGAGAAGACGUGAAACAGUACAAGCCUGUUGUCUACAGCAACACUAUCCAGUCCCUGGCAGCCAUCGUCCGGGCCAUGGACACUUUGGGCAUUGAAUAUGGUGACAAGGAGAGAAAGGCUGAUGCUAAGAUGGUGUGCGACGUGGUGAGUCGGAUGGAAGACACCGAGCCCUUUUCUGCAGAACUGCUUUCCGCCAUGAUGCGGCUCUGGGGUGACUCAGGAAUCCAGGAGUGCUUCAACAGGUCUCGGGAGUAUCAGCUCAACGAUUCUGCCAAAUACUACCUGGACAGCCUGGAUCGGAUCGGGGCCGCCGACUACCAGCCCACUGAGCAAGAUAUCCUCCGAACCAGGGUCAAAACCACCGGCAUCGUAGAAACCCACUUCACAUUCAAGAACCUCCACUUCAGGCUGUUCGACGUCGGGGGCCAGCGAUCUGAACGCAAGAAGUGGAUCCACUGCUUCGAGGACGUCACAGCCAUUAUCUUCUGCGUCGCACUCAGCGGCUACGACCAGGUGCUCCAUGAAGACGAGACCACGAACCGCAUGCACGAGUCCCUGAAGCUUUUCGACAGCAUCUGCAACAACAAAUGGUUCACAGACACAUCUGUCAUCCUGUUUCUUAACAAGAAGGACAUAUUUGAAGAGAAGAUCAAGAAGUCCCCGUUAACCAUCUGCUUCCCCGAAUACACAGGCCCCAGUGCCUUCACAGAAGCCGUGGCUUACAUCCAGGCCCAAUACGAGAGCAAGAACAAGUCAGCCCACAAGGAGAUCUACACCCACGUCACCUGCGCCACUGACACCAACAACAUCCAGUUUGUCUUUGAUGCCGUGACGGACGUCAUCAUCGCCAAAAACCUGCGGGGCUGCGGCCUCUACUGAGCCCCUGCCUCACCUGCCGGCUGCCCACCUCCCUGCCUGGCCCUCUGCCCCAUCCUCUGCCCUGGAACCGGAGCACCGCCACCGCUCACGCCACUCUCUGCACUCGACCAAGAAGCCUCAGGGGCGGGAGCACGGAGGGAGAGCACAGGCACACCUCCACCGGCUGCCCUGCCCCCAGGCAUCAGAACAUGUGGUAACAUGGGGCUGCGCAGGCACCCACCCUGCUGGCCUCUGCUUCGCCUCUGAGUGUCGUGUCCUGGGGGGAGGGAGGCCUGGCCGCCGUUUGGCCCAGAAUGGGCAUGCACUACACUCGGUGACUCGUGACUCGUACUCCAAGUCCCAGGGUCUCCUCCUGUGUGAGGGUGGCUCCGGGGGGCAGGGUGCUGGCCAGGGUGGGGCCAGCAGGAGCCCCUGCUCAGCUUUUUCUGAGGUCUCUCUGGUCGAGGGCAGCUCCGUCACCAAAAGCCAGGGUGGGACCCUCCCAAAGGCGAGAGGGUCCCAGAGCUCGACCUUGGCAAGUGCCUCCCUCCUUCUACCUGGAUCUCAGCCCCCUGGCCCAGGCCCUUUCUUCUCUGGGCCAUCCUUCCUUGCACACCCUUGGUUCCUGUUGCCUUCCUGGGAACCCCGAUCCCUGACUCCUCAGAGAUCAGGGAAUGCUUCUGAGACUGACAUACUGCAGAGGCCUGUGGUUGAUGGUGGGAGGGGUGGAGCCUCGCGCCUGGAGGGAGGUGGGGGGAGGAGGAGGGGAGGCUGAGGGGAAGUAGCUGUGGUGUUGACUGGGAUGAGAGCCUCACAUGCCCGGUGCUCAAGGCUCAGGGGUGACCCACACUUUCUCUCAGUCGCCUGGGUGUCACGCAGCUGCUCUAGAAUGUGAGUAGACCUGCUUUUCCUUCUCGAAUUCACAGUGAAUCCAACUCAGCAAGGGCAGGCAGGGCCCUUCAGGCCCUGUGUUCUGUGGCUGGGGAGGCCCAAGCCUGCAGCCAAGACCCUAGCUUCCUUCUGUCUCAGUGAGGAAACCAGAGUCUGUCCAAAGCCUGUGGCAUCCUGCCAGCCCUCAGGAGCAGAGGAGGACAGAGGGUGGGACCACCAUCCUCAAACGUACACUAUGAGGGAGGCCAGGCUGGCUCCCAGCGCCCCCUUCUCUGGAGGGAGUCCUAGGUUACCUUGCAAGGGCUUUGCUACAGAGGUCCCUGAGCAGAAAGGGGUGGGGUGACUGUGGUAACCCAGGCCCUCGCUGGCCUCGGGCGGUCAGCACACCUCUCUCUCACAUGCAGGGGCCUCCCAUGGGCCAAGGCCACCAGCCAACACCCCAGGCAGGCUCUCCCUGGGAGCCCUGGGGUGCCCCUGGGGAGGCCUCUGGCUCCUUCUUCAAGCCAUCUGCCCUCCCGGGCUCCACUCCGGACUGCCUUCCCAGCCCCCUGGAUGGCCUAGAGCCAGGAAGAGCCCCAUGCCAUCAGCUUUGGGUUUCUUGGUUCCAGCAGGCAUGAAGCCCUGGCUGGUGCACGGGAAGCCCAGGGCGUCCUCCCUAGUGCCAGAUGCCUCAUCUGGUGCUCUCGCUGCUGCCCCUGGCCUUGUGGGAAAUCAUGAGGCGGCCAGGCUGCAGGAACCGGCCCACCAGCCCAAGUCCAGUACUUGUACCAGGUACCUUGUAGCAGGUGCUGGGGCACAGCAGAGGACAGGCCCCUAGAACCAACAGUCCCGACGCCAUGAGCAGCCAGGGCCAGUGAGGCCAUUCUGCCCAGCAGCAAAGACACAGGAGUUAUGUCCCGGCCUUACCACCCUGCUGUGAUCAGCUGCGCCCCUAACUCUGCCCCGUGAGCCCGCACUCCAAAGCAGCUGCCGAGAGGAGAGGUGCUUGGCCAGCCCCACCUCUAAGGCCAUGGCCCUGGACGUGGAAGUCACUGGCCACCUGGGCCUAGGGCUCUCCAUCGCCCCGCUGCCCCCACCCGGACCCCUGUCUGCAGCAUUAGAGGGGCCAGAGGGGCAGGUCACUUGGGGCCUUCCUGUCCUUCUGUGCCCUGUGCCGCCCUGCUGCUGCUUGCAAUGCUCCCACUGUCUCGCCCGGGGUGGAAGCCCCCAAGGAGCGGGUAUCCAGGAUGAAGUUCCCUCCCUCCGCUGCGUCUCCCAUCCUCGUCACACCGGUGGCUCCACUGUGGGGAGGGAUGACAGAGGGUGACAAUGAAUUUUGGCUCCGUCGCGUGUAUAAGGGGAAGAGGUUGAGAGUGUGAGAGACGAGACGUGGGUGGGUCUCUUGUCUACAGUGGCCCCGUGCAUGUCCCCAAAAGGACCGUGCUUAGUGUCUGAGGAUCGCCCUCAUUUAGCAGGCUAAGGAAAAACUGGAUUUCUAGGAGGAGCACCUUUGCCAAACCCAUGAAAACCGUGCCUGCCAUCUAGCUGCCUGUGAGCAAGUUCCGUGCCCUGCACCCAUUGCCCUCACGAAGGCCCAGCCUUGGCCUUCCUGCUGAGAACUGAGAGAGCUCCGGGGCUCUCUGGCCUGGCUGGGGGGAGCGGUUCCCCGGGCCCAGUGGGGGCUCUCCCUGGCUCUGGGUCCCCUGCCAACAGCUGCGACACUCUGCCUUCUGUGGCCAGCUUCCACGGAGGCCUUAGAUGCCGGGCCGGCCCCUUCGUCUCCCGUCUGGCCCAGCAGGGGUCGUGCCCAGCAGGCAUCGUGUGCGCCUGCCCAGGAGUGGUGGCGGACAGGCGGGAGACCCCCACCCGCUCUGGUGCCGGCAGGCAGAGCCACCUCUGGCCCCCGCCCAGCCCCCACCCCGCGGCGCCGUCCACGUCCACGCCUGCGCUGGGCAGCAGCAGCGAGGGCCCCCCUAGGCCGCCGGCCCGCAAGCCGCCGGGCCGCCUAGUCCUCUCCCCAGGCCCUGCCCUUUGCAGGCCGAGCCCUGCGGGGGGGCUGCUCCCAAGAGUGUUUCCAGUUACCCUCCCCCGGGCCUCCCUGAGGCAGGGAAAUCCGCCGGCCCAGCGGCCGCAGCUCUGUCCAGCCCCCUUGAGCAGGUUCUCCUCUGAGCCUUGCGGAAGUUAGGUGCACCCUGGCAGCUCGCAGGCCCUGAGGCCCGAGGCUCUGGCUCUGUGGCCACCAUGGAUUCAGUCCCCCGAGUUGGCGCCCAAGCCUACAGACUGAAGGGUCCCAGCGGCCCCGGGCAGGGGACAGGGCACAGCAGCAGACCGGGGAACAGGGCCAGCGUGGGAGCUGCCGCUGGGUGUUGGUGGUCGGGCCUCCGCCUCCCCACAGCCACCCCGCAGGGAAGCCAGUCCUGAACCUUGCCGCCCAGAGGCGUAGUGGGGCCUCCCCUCUGGGGGCUCUGGGGCUGCGGACACACCCCGCCCCAGGCAGACCAAGACCCCCGGCGAGGGAGAGGCAGGCUGGCACAGAAGCAGGAAGGCGGCCUUCGAGUCCCACAGUCCCAGGCCCUCGGCAGAGAGGGGGUCCCUCUGGAGGGGAAGCUUUCUGCUCCAGGCCCAGUGCUCAGGACCACCAGCAGGAGCCCACAGUCCAUUUGCACAGCCUGCAGCUCUGCCGCCCUGCUGAGCACAGGCCCGGCCAUCUCCCUCCCCCCGCCCCACCCCUGCUGCCUCCCUGGCAGCAGCCAGGCCCUGGGGCUCCUGCUCCUCUCCUGGCUCCUCCCCAGUGUACCUCCUAGACCUCCU